CUGGUGGAGGAGAUACUGGGAGGACUGGGAUAUCAGGAGUCCUGAAGCCAGUUUGACCUCAUUAUUAAUUACAAUGAUGAAUAUUUAAAGACGCUGCAGCAGAAUCUAAAUAAACCCAUAUUUAUGUCUUUCUGAACUUGUUUAUAUGUUCUCAUAACAGUCUUACUUUAUGAAUUACUAUAAUUUAAUAAAAUAAUACAGAACAGAAAGCUGCUUUAAGCAGCCAGUGAUUGAUGACGAUAAAAUAUUGAGCAUAAUGCAUUUAGUUCAUUUAAUAUCCUAAUGUAACACAUAAUACGGCUCAACUUUGUGGUCCGCUGUUUCUUGAUAUGCAGAACUUGAGAAUCGAUCCAAAGCCCUGAUGAAGCUCGUACAUUAAAGCUACUAUAUAACUAGUGUUAGAACUGUAAAUAAAUAUCCCAUAUAAAUACCCAUACCUUUAAGAACUGUGAGUUGAUCAGUUCCUGCAUUGUUGCUACAGAAGGAAGUAAAUAGGGACUGAACUUUGCACUAUGUCAUCCUGUGGGUACAACACACCCCGUCUGUCCGUCUGCUGGAGACACGAGCCGCAGCCUCAGAGCGGACCGGACCAGCCAGCACCGCCCCUUCAUGCAUGUCAGUGAUUGGUUCCUGUGCUGCUCAGAACUCUGUGUCCGUUUUUAAAAGAGAAAAGCUGUUUCAUUUAACAGGAUAACGGUCAAGGUUUAUGACCCAGAGAUAAGGGAACUGCACUUUAGACCUCAGAUGCACAAAGGAAACUUUAAUGUAUUAGAAAACAUUUAUGAUUGUGUGUUGGCAGCUGAUUUUGCCCCACCUCCACAAGCAGUCGUUAACAUCUAUGUAACAAAGGGACAGUCUAAGGAAAGUAAAAGGAAGUAUGUGGAAGAGCUUGCUUUAGAGCGGGUUUGGGAGACAGAGAAGGAGAUGUCUUUUUACCCGCUCUCCGCUCUUGAGUGAAAAGUCUAAAACACUCAUCUUUCUCUUCCUUUCUGUGGGUGCUCAGGUCCUUUGAACUUGACAACUAGAGAUUAAACACUGACUCCAGUGGGGAACCGACUCAUUCUGGUCUCCAGUUCAAAAUUAAGAAAUCAAUCCAAACAUUUGUGGGACUUCUACACCUUCUUCCAGGGACCAUGGAUAAAGAGACUUCAGCAACACCUAAGAAACAGACAGGAGCUAAAAUGAAGGCAGAGGAUGUCUUGAAAGCUUUGGAUGAAUUAAGUGAGGAUGAGUUACAAAGAUUUGAGUGGUUCCUGCUGCAGCCUGACACCAUGCCUGGGCUCCCGACAAUCAAGAAGGGUUACCUUAAAAAGACAAAAAGCCUCAAUAUUGUGGACGUGAUGAUGCAGACAUACACACUUGAACUAUGCAUGGAGGUGACCAGCAAGAUUUUAGAGAAAAUUCAAAGAAAUGAUCUGCUGCAGAGAUUGAUAAAAGAUUGGAUGAGGAAGACGGAGGCUGAAGUUCAGGAGAUGAUCCAGGAGAGACGACUGAAGAUCCAGGAGAUCAGAGAGUUGGUGAAGAUCAGUAAAGAUGCUGCAGACAGAGAGAAAGCAGAAGGUGUUCAGGUCUUCACGGCUCUGAUAGAGUCUGCUGAGAGAGGCCUGAAGGAGCUCCUCAAGGAGAUCCAAGACAAACAGGAAACUACAGAGAAAGAAGCUGAAGACUUCAUCAGAGAUCUGGAACAGGAGAUCUCUGAGCUGAAGAAGAGGAGCUCUGAGGUGAAUUUCCACCAAAGUUUCUCCUCUCUCUCUCUGACAAACGAUCCACCAAACAAGAACUGGGUAGAGGUCAGAGUCCAUCCACCAUCAUAUGAGGGGACUGUGGUGAGAGCUGUGACUCAGCUGAGGGAGAAGAUGGAGAAGAUGCUGGACAUGAGAAGGCUCCAGCAGUUUGCAGUGGAUGUGACUCUAGAUCCUGAUACAGCUCAUCCUAAGCUCAUCCUAACUGAUGAUAGAAAACAGGUGAAACACGGAGAUGUCUGGAAGAAACUUCCAGACAAUCCGGAGAGAUUUUCUAAGUGUGUUUUUGUUUUAGCAGAGCAGAGUUUCUCUUCAGGCAGAUUUUACUUUGAGGUUCAGGUUAAAGGAAAGACUGACUGGGAUUUAGGAGUGGUUAGAGAGUCUGUUGACAGGAAAGAAAUACUUGCAAUGAGUACUAAGAACGGUUUCUGGACCUUAGUGUUAAGAAAUGAAAAUCAGUACUCAACAGGGGAAAAGACUUCGACCCUUUUCGAUCUCCAUCCUGGUCCUCAGAAGGUGGGGGUGUUUGUGGAUUAUCAGGAGGGUCUGGUCUCCUUUUAUGAUGUAGAUGCUGCAGCUCUGAUCUACUCCUUUACUGGCUGCUACUUCAAGGAGAAACUCUACCCAUUCUUCAGUCCUUAUCUGAAUAAUGGAGGUCGAAACUCUGCUCCUCUGAUCAUCUGUCCUGUUAGUCAGGCUGGUCGUUGAUCUGAUGAAUCUCCAUGAAGAAUGAAUAUAAAUGACUGCUUCUCUAUUACUACAAAACUGUACUUCUCACAAUCUGGAUUAUUUUUGUUAUUAAACUUUUACUAUGUAAAAA